UCCUGCUGUUUCUGGAAACAGCUAAUGUGGGCCUCCCUGCAGUGAAUCAGACACUAUUCACUUUCUGCAUAUUUCUCAAAGUUCUGCAUAAGGUAAUUAGUAAUCAGAUUUUUGCUGUGCCAGGCCUGCCAGGAGUUUGGUCGAGAGCCUGGGUGUCAAGAAAGGGACAGCCACAGCAGCAGUUCUGACAGCCCAGGUGUCUCGGGGACAACAGCCUGUGCCAUUUGGCAGUCCACAGGAUCCCUGGAGAAGAAAUCCUGCAGGAGCAGGUAGGGAAAGGUCGUCAUCCACGCCAUCCUCCUGUCCUAACCAGGGAGGCAUAUUCUACCCGAAUCCAAGCUUUGCUUAUUGCAAGAUGGGUGCCCAGAUAUCCCAUGGAGAAAAGGACCUAUACAAUCAAAUUAAGUUGAAAUUGGCUACCCAGGGGAAAUCAUUUGACAAAAAGGAGCUCAAAAGCAUCACUAAAUGGGUUUUUAAAAAUUUUCCUGGUGCUACAGUGCCAGAAAUCAUUAAGAUAGAAUUUUGGAAGUCAGUCGGAGUCAAACUGUAUGAUCUAACAAGAAAGAGAGACCCUGACUUGCUGAAAUUGCUUCCCAUUUUUCGACUGAUAUUAGAGACAUUGGAAAUGGAAGGAGACUGUCAAGAGCUCAGUGCCAUCAGUAAUCCUGUUAAACCUGGGACUGCCUCCCCAUCCUCUAAUCCAGGGAGUGGAAUGAGGGAAGGAGCCUGCAAUAGUAAUAAGCAGAAGAGCGACCGACCUGCCUUUCCCCAUCCUCCUCCUUCUCACCCUUCGGACAUUCCAGGAGGGAGACACAGGGCUGCUGAUGCCAAGGUGGUGCCCAGGAGUGAAGUUAAUACUGCUCCUGCCACCCUGUGUCCUCCUCCAGUCCCUCCUUAUGAGAUUCAAGACGGCAAAGGCCAAGUCACCUUGGGUCUUCACAACUCCUUGCACCCUGUACCUCGGUGUUCUCCUCGUCCCUCCUUCUCCACCUUUUUCCCGACCACCAGAAGUGCAGUGGCUGGCAUGGGAAGCACAGCUCACCACCAGCUGGAAGUGUCUGCAGCUAUGGAUGACUCUGCUGUCAAUCACCCCCGAGUCACCGCCCCUGGCCCCACCCACUCCACAUCAGGCCACACCCCUCUCAGGCAGACCGGAACUCCGCCCACCUGGGUUCCGGAAGGGCCCGCCCCCAACAUGGCGGCACCCAGGCAAUCAACACUGGAGCCCACUCUGAAACAUCACCAUGCUGAUCAUCCAGUUAAACACCAUUCUAAUAAAAAAAUAUUAAUGACGUCGAGUUUGUCAUCACAGGAGGACCUGAGACAAAUUAAAUCUGGGGAUGACCACUGUGAGAAAAUCCACAGGGCUGCAGUAAAGGGGGGGGAUUGGGACUUGGUGUCAAAAUUCAGUGUGACGCCCGUGCAGUAUGGAGGGAGGGGUGUCAACCCUAGAUGGGAAGCCGUAGCCUGUGGGGAGGUCAAAGAACUAUGCAAAGCAUCACAAGAGCAUGGGAGGGAGUCAUCAUACUUUAGUAGCCUUUUGUUAGCCACCUUUUCUGCCCAUGUGUUAACACCUUGUGACAUAAAAUACAUCAUGACCAUGUUACUGUCCUCAGCUGAGUAUGCCCUAUGGGAAAUGAGAUGGAAAAGACUGUUAAAUCAAUUACUAAAAGAUUAUGCAGGGGACCAAACACAAGCCGCUUUAACUGUAGAUCAUCUAGCUGGACAAGGGGCUCACGCAGACCAGAACAAUCAGGCAGAAAAUCUUUCUCAAGCAGUCCUCAAUGAUAUCAAGGAUGCAGCUGGAAAGGCUCUUUUACAAGUGCCUAACGGCAACAAACCUAGUUUAGAUUUUGCUGAUACAACAGAGGAUCCUACUGAGCCCUGCAUGAAAUUUCUGGGGAGGCUGAAGCUCGCCCUAGAUCAGCAGGUUGUCCUGGGCAGGGCACAAGAAGAGCUGGGACUGGCAUUUGGAAAUGCUAACACCGAGUGCAAACAGAUCCUGUGCUCUUUGCCAUCAGAGCCAGAGCCCACCAUCACACAGAUGAUUGCAGCCUGUGACAGACUUGCCACCCCAGAGCACUCAGUUCAGCUGGAAGCACAAACUCUUGCUCAAGCCCUCGCUGCCAUUCAGGCAGAUUCCAAGAAACAGCAAAACCAGGGAUCCUCCAAAGAGUGCUAUAAGUAUGGGAAGGAGGGACAUUUUGUAAGAGACUGUUCUCAGCAUAAGCCAAGACCACCAUUUAAGUUUCGUGGCUGUGGGAAACAGUUUUACUGUAACAAUAGAUUUUAUCCAAAGCAGGGAAGCUGUAACCACCAACAGGGAAGCUGCAGGCAGCGGAGCACGGGACAGCAGCACGUGAGGACACGAGGACUCCUGUCACCUCUGUUAGAAACCACAGCAAGCCAGGAAGUCCGGAGCUGCAGCAUAUCCUCUCCAAUCUCCCAACCAUCAUGCCUCCAGGUACCAGACUGGAGCUGGCCACAACAGAAUCAGUGAUGCUUCCAAACUCCAGAACCUAUCUCAUCAUGACGAGUCAGCAAGGGCCAUAACAGCCACGUGAGUUUUUAGUUCUUGGUAAAAGCAAAAUCUUUAAAACUGAAUGAUUUUUUGUUUUACUUUCUGUCCUCACUGUCACUUCAUCACAGAAGAUCACUGCUUUCAUCACAAGCCCUUCCCCCUUGUUUUAUGCCUGAAAAGCUGAUUAUUGCUCAGGCAUUUUUGUUACCACAGCCAAAUGGUACGAGUGCCUUUGCCAAAGAGAUGGGUGCUCUCCACCCCCGUUAUGUUACCCAGAUACUCGAAAUUAGUCAUUAUUGGUUGAAAAGACUGCUUUUUUAGUAUUCCUUUGCCCCCAAAGGAUGUCCCAUGGUUUGCCUUUUCAAUAGAAUUCUACAACAGACAAGCCGCUUUACAGAGAUACCACUAGACUGUUUUAUCCUGAAACAUUGGUGUAUGUCUACAUGGAUGGCAUCCUUGUGGCUGUGAAAAAUGAUGUGUCUCUAGAUGCCAUUUCAAAUGCAGCAAUUGCAGCCAUUCAAGAUGCAGAGUUCACCAUUGCAGAAGCAAAAAUCCCAUGAGCUUCACCAGGGAAAUAUUUAGGAUUCCAAAUAACAGAACAAACUAUUCUACCCCAACAUAUUCAGCUAAGAGACAAUCCCAGGACACUCCACAAUAUGGAGAAGCUUUUAGGUGCCAUCAGUUGGAUUAGACUGUUACUAGGAAUUACAGAUGAAGAUCUUACACCGUUAUUUGAAUUGUUGAAAGGGGACACCAAGGCAUUUAACAACAGAAGCUCAAGGUGCACUUAGUAAAGUUUUGCAGACUAUCAAGACAGGUCAAACCCAUCAAAUUAACCCUGAUUUACCUUUUUUUUUGUUAUUUUAGGAAAAAGCCCCUGACCUCAUUGUUUAAUUUUCCAGUGAGACACUUGUGUUUAUGAUCCUUUGUUAAUUUUAGAACAGGUUUUUCUAUCCCACCAGUUAGGAAAAACAAUAUUGCUCCACAUGGAAUUAUGUCUCCAUUAAUUCUGAAAGAUUUGAAUCUAGAUCUUGUUUACUUUCCCUUUCUGGAGAAGAUUUCUCAGUUAUUCUUUUACCUACAACUUCUAAUUAUUUAAAUUGGUUAAUACAACAAUCUGAUUCCAUACAGUAUUCCUUAGUUAAUUUCAUGGGACAAAUUUUGGUUCAUUAUCCAAAUCAUAGAUUGUUACAUUCAUGUUUUGAGUUAAUCCUAAAACCACUUAGAAAUCUUGUUCUUCUUAAUGCUAUUAGCUUUCUUUACAGAAGGCUCAGGGAAAUCCCAAAAGUCUGCAAUAACCUGGCAGAAUCCCAAGACCAAAUAAUGGGAGUCUGACAUGAAAAUUGUAGAAGGCUGAAUGAAAAUCAUUGAAUUGGCUGCUGUAGUCCAAGUAUUUUCCAAGUUCACAAUUCCUUUUAAUUUGGUUACAGAUUCCUUUUGUGUUGCAGGUGUUAUAGAGAGAGCAGAAAAUUCUCUUUUAAAGGCUGUACCCAAUGACAAUCUUCUGGUUCACUUAAAUUAAUUUUUGCCAUUUGUUGUAGACAGCAGCCCUGUUUUAUAAUACACGUCUGUUCCCAUAUUUCCUUACCUGGUUUCAUUGCAGAAGGUAACACGCACACAAUGUCCAUUCAGCCUAUGCUGCCAAACAUUUUUGAACAAGGUCAUCUAAGCCACUCAUUUUUUCAUCAGAAUACCCCUGCACUAAUGCCUGUGUUUCCCAUCAACAAAGACCAAGCAAAGAUGAUCAUAAACUCCUGCCCAGAUUGCCAAAAAUACUUCCUUCCUUUGAUAGGAGAAGGAGUGAACCCUAACAGCUUGGAACUAUGGCAAGCAGAUGUUACACACUAUCCAUCUUUUGGGUGAUUUAAAUACAUAUAUGUAUCCAUAGAUGCAUUUUCAGGAUCAAUCUGUGCUUCAGCUCAUAGUGGAGAAAAAGUCAGAGAUGUAACAAAACACUUCCUACAAGCCUUUGCCCCAUUACAUUAGAGGCUCCCCAAUAAAUAAAAAUAGAUUAUGGCCCUACUUGUACCUCACAGAGAGUACAACAAUUUCUUAAUACAUUGGGUGUCAAACAUUCUACUGGAAUUCCAUAUUUCCCUACAAGCCAGUCCAUCAUUGAAAGAACACAUAAGUCUCUUAAAACACUUCUAGAAAAACUAAAAAGGGAAAUGGAGACCUUAGCAAUAUCUGAAAGGGUUAGUAAGGCAGUGUAUGUCUUCAGUUUUCUAAAUAAUUCAUUAAUGGAGCCCAAUCCACUAAUUAUGAGGCAUUUUUCAAAUACCACAUAAGCAAAAUUAAAAGAGAGGCCACCAGUGUUACUUAGAAACUAGUCAAAUUCUAGGACCUUUCCCACUUACCACUUGGGGAAGGGGGUUUGCUUGUGUCUUCACACAUAAAGGACCCAGAUGGAUUCCAUCUGGAAACAUCAAGCCUCAUCUCUAACUGCUAAGAGAAUCCUCUGUGCUUCCAGAAGUCGGUUCUGAAGACAAUACCAGAACAAGAGCAGACAAGGACCUGCUCAUGAUGUUCAAAAAUUCUUUGCUCAUUUUUUGUGAUUUCUUAAAUGCUGUCGUGCCAAAACAAAACAUCUUUGUCACGCUAGCAAACAUAGCAAAACAGGAAAUGAUGUGCCUUUCAAUAGCCAGCCCAGGGAACCCUUUUUCUACCUGCCUCGUUGGGUUACCUGUGGAUGUGUGGUCAAUACCCAAGGAUGCCAUCUGUACCCUGCAGAAAAAUAGUCCUAAAACCACAAAAAUAUAUAAUAGUGUAGAUUCCUGGGACUAUUGGACCUGGAAACUCCCACAGGAGCUGCAAGAAUUGGAACUACUGAGCUCAACAAAAAUGGAUUAUUGUGUGAAAUUUUAUUAUAUAAAAGAUGCAAAAGUGAUUAGAAAAGAAAUGAAACCUAAAAAUUAAAUGGAUGAAAAAAUAGUGAGAUGGGGAUGUUUCCCCACGCAAUCAGCUGUACAAAAAUCAAAGUUUGUGGUGUAAUAACACUUCAUCCAUCUUGUCCUGGUGCAGUAGUCACCCCAUCCAACUUCCACCUGGCAUCUUCUUAAUCUGCAGGGAUAGGGCUUGGUCAGCAAUCCCAUCGCACAUCCAAGGUAGGCAGCUUGAGGUGACUUAGAGUGCUAACACCCAACAUUACCAUGGCACAUAAAGGAAAAUUGGCCAGAUUAAAAAGAUCUACUCACUAAUUCAUAAAAAAUUGUGAUGAUAAAAUUACUUAUUGGACCAGGUCAACUAAAAUUGUAAUGUCUGCACUAUUGCCAUGGGUAGCUGCAGCCAAAGCAUUAAAACAACGAAAGGGAAUUGGGUGUUAGCUGAGUAGGCAAACCAGUACUAAUCAGUUGCCCUCAGUGAGCUGCUUACAGAUAUUGACAGCAUCAGGCAAGUGACCUUACAGAAUGGAGCAGCCAUUGAUUUCCUAUUGCUAGCAAGUGACCAUGGUUGUGAAGAAUUCAAAGGCAUGUGUUGCAUGAAUCUUUUUGAUCAUAGUGAGUCCAUUCAUCACAGCAUAAGCAUGCCAAAGGAAGGGGUUAAAAACUUACAAAUAGUUUGAGGAAAAGACUGGAUCAACACGUUGUUAAAAAAAUGGAAACUCCCAAGUUAUAUGCUUUCCAUAAUCAAGAGCGAACUUUUAAGGUUAAUACUUGUAGUUACCAGACUAAUUUUAUUACCUUGUUUGUUUGGUUACAUGCUGAAAAUGUUUAAGAAUUUGUUAAGUGCUAUGCUCAUAGAAGAAACAAACAGGGGAUUUUUCCUCAAACCCAGUAGGAUUCAAGCUGCCUGAGGAUAUCAGUCUCAGGCCUUGGGAAACAGGCCUGUGUCUGCAAAUCUAAUGUUCGUGUUAGAGCGAGCAAGGCUCCUGCAUCACUUCAUGGGAGAAGAAAUGGUAAACAAGGUCCAGUUCUGGAAAGUUCAUGGUUCUCUUUGUUCCUAUUGGUUGUAUUCCUUCUGCAAUGUUUUACAUAUUCUUAAUCCUCACCUCUUGUUGGACCCUCAGAUUUGAAUUCCGCCUUUUACUGAACGUUACAAGUAUAUCCUACCUACCCAGUUCAGGGUCCUUUGGUUUUAUCCCAUACUGUGCUGGUUCAUCUGCUGUUUGCCUUCGUGUGUUUGUUAUUUUUGUUAUUAUUAAACCUUUUGCUUUUGGAUAAAUCUGUUGACU